AUGUCGUGGAGGCUAAAUUUAUGUGACAGGUCGGUAAAAUGGAUCAAAAGGUGCUUGGAGUCCUGCACUGUAUCCGUCUUAUUCAAUGGCAACCCAUGUGAGGAAUUUAAGAUAGAGAAAAGGCUUAGGCAGGGUGACCCUAUGACUCCGUUUUUUGAACCUUUUGUGGCAUAUGAUCUCAAUGGCUUGCUUAAGGAAGUUGUGGCGUCUGAUAAAUUCUCAGGCCGCAGGUUAUGUGUGGAAUGGGAGGUGAGGGUCUUAAUGUUCCAGUUUGUAGAUGACACUAUCUAUAAAGGGGAUGAUACCUUGCUAAAUGUUAUAGCAAUGAAAUUUGAGUCUUGA